UCAUACCCGGAUGUUGACAGUGGCUCGGAGCGGAACAGCUGAAAAAGAAAAACAAAGCCACGACGACAACGACACAAACAGCUGAUGUUCUCUCGAAAUAUAGUUUAAAACUCAGUGACAUCGUCGUCGAACGAGGCAUUUUGUUCCGCCGAGGCGAAUUUUAAGAGUCCUUUAGUUCAGACCCUCCCAGAGAUAAGACGAUGGGACGUAUCUUCUUGGACCACAUUGGUGGAACUCGCCUCUUUUCUUGUGCCAACUGCGACACCAUCCUGACUAAUCGGUCUGAGCUCAUCUCCACGCGAUUCACGGGGGCCACAGGGAGAGCUUUCCUCUUCAACAAGGUGGUGAACCUCCAGUAUAGCGAGGUGCAGGACAGAGUGAUGCUUACCGGGAGGCACAUGGUGAGGGACGUCAGCUGCAAGAACUGCAACAGCAAGCUGGGCUGGAUCUAUGAGUUUGCCACUGAGGACAGUCAGCGUUACAAGGAGGGACGCGUCAUCCUGGAGAGGGCCCUGGUUAGGGAGAGCGAAGGCUUUGAAGAGCACAUCCCCUCUGACAACUCAUGAGCCCCCUGAUGUCGAAUGGUCCGCGAAGGCUCACUCCUGUGCCCUCCUUUCUCUCUCCUUCGCCCCUUUGCCUCUGCGCUGCACGCCACCACAUGCAGACUUCGUGGUUUGUGAAGUUUUGACGUCACCCACCACAGCCCUUCCCCGUCUCUUGACUUACGACCUUAGACCUCCGCUGAUUAGACGAUUGGUGUGCUGGAUCUGUUCGUGCUGAAUAGGCUUCCCCCAAAUUCUCCUUGAUUUAUGUAACACAAGGUAGUCCCUCAAAACACCUGGGAGCACUGUUAGGGAGUUGUACCUUCACUUAAAUGUUCAAGUACGCACACAGAAUUUUCAUCAUCACUGCACAAGGCAUGCACCACACUUUCAUGGUAAAUACAUGCAUGAUAAUACACAGGUCAGUUACACUUCAAAAACAUGGUUGUUUUGUUCAUCUAGAUAAAGUAGACGUCCACAUGGCACUGUCAAAUGAGCCUGACGAGAUGUCACUCUGUAUAUUGUUUUUGUGGUAUUCGUGCUAAUGUGUAGUGAAUGUUGUCUCGAUGUACAUGUCACUGCUUUGCACUGAACACAGUCACUUAUUCAGUAUCGGUUACCUUUUCUUAGCUUGUAGUGUGAUUGGAUGUAGUAGCGUUUCAAAUCAUUUCAUCCAGGUGAUACAUUGAGGACCGCACAGAUUGAUGUCAUAUUUUAGUAGUCAUUGUUGUGGCAGCUUUCCUUUUAAUCUGCCGCAUUUAUUUUGACUGACACUCUCGAAGUGAACACAAGGGGGCGCAAGUGAAUCAUAGAAAUAUGUGAUAUCCCACGAAAAGACAAUCAUUUAACCGUCUAAUUCAGCUCUUAACAAUCUGUUUCCAUAGAUUCUGUGCCUGUGUGUGUGUGUGUGUGUGUGUGUGUGUUUGCCGUGUGAAGAGCAACAUGUCACUUUUGUGCAUGUACCUUUCAGCCAAAUGCGUCAGAGUGAGUCUGAGACGUGACGGAGACUUUCUCUGGCCAAGAUUUGGACAGGGUGGGUCAUUCGAAAGUAUGCGUGAAGUGGUAAUAGUAUGAGCAUCUGAAGGAGUGAAACACAGUGGGCACCUAAAAAUAUUGAUGUAAUAUAUCAAGCCUGGGUUACUACGUUCAUUCAAACACAGUUCACUGCAGAUGCUGACUCAUAGUGUUAGCCCACUCUUUUUAUAAUCGUAUGCUUAUUCAGUCAUAAGAUGACUUGUUUCGUACAACACAAAGCCGAGCCACCUUUAGUGGCGCGUUUAUCGUUAAAAUCAAGCCCCGGUCCUUUGACGAGGCCUCUAUUUUAUAUUGUAAAAUGGUCAUUUUCAUGACAUUUGAGGUUAAUUUUGGACUUGGUCGGAGCACAGCUUUACUGUGAGUGUGAAUGCCAAAACGGUCGAGCCUUCAGUAGUGACACUUUUGAUAUUUUUCUCGCAUUUACGAGUUCGUGCAAGACAGUUCAAGUUUGUCGUUUGAACAAAACAAGGUUAAUUAAUUAAACACUGACAGCAGUCAUGUCCCAGGGUCAGUGGCCACAACAUCACUAUCAUUUUGCUCGACCUAUAAGAUUUUACUGACAGGCUUACUGUUUUUAUUUGCUUUGCGUUAUAUAUGGUUAUUAUGUUGUUGAUUGAUAUCUUACUGAGCAUUUUCUUGAUUGCAAGAUUGGAAAAAAGAAAUAGUUUGUUCAUCUAGAACAAACUAUUCUCGCUAUGGCUAUGGCGAGAUUUUCUCUGAAGUGGUUUCUAAAUAAAGAUGCAGUCUUGCUGGUUUCAAAUCUUUUGUCGGUGUUUGAAAUCUACAGACAAAUUUCUUUAUCCCUACAACAUGGGAGACGACAGGCGUUUGAAUGCAUGUGGCCGUAGAUACUACCAAGUGCUAAACCUUCCUCUUGAAUAAAAUUAUUUUUUCAUUUCUAAA